UAUAACCUAAACCAGCCCCUGGUUUUCUGUCUGGUUUUCUCUCUCCCUCUCUCUCCCCCUCUCUCUCUCCAAAGAGAAGAACCAAACAAAGAUGCAAAGGAUUUUUGAACUUAUCUUCCACCCACUUUCAUAGAACAUAGAAAUUUCAAAUAUUUUCUCACAUACCAACAAUUUUGCUUCAUCUAAUCGAUCUCCGCUGGGUUCUCCAUUUUUUCCGUCGACCUCUGUCCUUCCAGUGGUUCAGUUCUUCCCCUCUUUUAGUUUAUGCAAAUCCAAAUCCUAUUUGGUGAUAGAUUCUGGGUUUUUUCUGGGGUUUGGUUAUGAUUGUUAAUUCGGCUAUCAAAUGUGUAUGAUAACGAUGUAUGUGUGGGUAAAUUAAUAUCUUAUUAUAUAUAUUCUAUAUAGAUAUAGCAAGUUGGAAUUUAUUUAAGUAUUAAUCUUAAAAACUCAGAUGUUUUAUGUUGUUUCUGUAGUAUCAUCAAGUACAGUUUAUGAUACUUUUACCACCUUCUCUCUCUCUAAAAAUAUCAAGAUCCAGUGAAAUUUGAAAGGCCGUGUAUCCGAAACUAGAAAAAGUCGAUGUUAUGGAUGUUUGUGGUGUUGAUGAGCAAGAAAGCCGUAAAAGUACUGGUUUUGAUGCAGUGGGUACUACAGUGAUGACGAGUACCGAUGAUCAGAGAGGGAUCUGGGAGAUUGAUGUAAGAGCACAGCAACAGAAUCUGAUUCACGAAAUGAAUGAUCCUUCAAUGUUUUAUAACGAUCAGUUUCCAAAGAUUCCUGAUUUUCCAUGCAUGUCUUCUUCUUCCUCUUCUUCGUCAAAUCCUGCACCUGCUAAGCCGAUUUCUUCGGCCACUACUACAUCGUCGGCGUCCUCGUCUACCUCGUCUGCGGCGUCUUGGGCGGUGUUGAAGUCUGAGUAUAUCACGGAGGAGGAGGCUGAAGGAGAGGAUCAGUUGGAGGAGCUUAGGAUUAACAGGAAAAAACGAAGUCAUCGGGAGGAACCGGGUCCCGUUACGUCGACGGCGGCGGUUGAAGCGGUUCCUGUUCUGGAAAAGGCGGAUGGAAGUGGUACGAUAGAUUGCAUGGAUGUGAUGGAGAAUUUUGGGUACAUGGAUUUGAUUGAUGGCAACGAAAUCUGGGAUCCAUCGUCAAUUUUCGAACAAAACCCACCGGAUUUACAGCAGGAAUGUGUGACGGCUCGUGGAUAUAGCAAUGGAAGUGAGGUGGUACAAGAUAGUGGGAUUAAAGACGGUGGCCGUGAAGGUGGCGGAGGACGGUUGGAUGAACUAGGGGUGAUGUUCUUUGACUGGUUGAAAUCCAACAAAGAAUUCAUAUCAGCAGAAGAUAUGAGAAAUAUUAAACUCAAGAAAUCGACAGUUGAAUGUGCUUCAAAAAGAUUAGGAUCGUCAAAAGAAGGCAAAAAACAACUCCUCAAAUUAAUUCUUGAAUGGGUGCAACAACACCAGCUUCAAAGAAAAAACAGCGGCGGUGCCGGUGAAUUAGCCGCUGCCGCCGCCACCACCACCACCCAAUACCCUUUACAGCAUUACCAGGGACGUCCACCACCACCACCACCGACCCCACCGCCACCAUUCAACUGUAAUUCUUGGGUCCCACCUAGUGACAUGAACCAUGGAUUCUCUCCUUCUCCGUGGAUCCCACCAGCGGUGGCGUAUCCGUCGUACAUGGCGGAUCAGACCAGUAAUGGGAUGCCUAUGGUAGCGGCGGGGCCACAAGCGACGUUUUCUUACAUGGGUGAUGGGAGCGAUCAAUACAAUUCUGGUCUGAAUCGUCUUAAUCCGUAUAAUAAUUCAGGUUCGGGUGAAUAUCAAGUUCUUGAAUCUGCACCUUCGUGGAACCCUUCACAGAUUACCAUGGCUGCGUCGACACCCUACAACAAUCAGUUUCCUGACGUGGGCAAUAACUAUGGUCCUCAAAUUAUGCCCCUCGCUUCUGGUUACCCCGAUCAGUACCCGUAUAAUCCACAGGUUUACGCCACCGGCGGUUGUGGCGAACAACAGCGGUUAAUGAGGCUGGGUUCUUCGGCGACUAAAGAAGCUAGAAAGAAAAGAAUGGCUAGACAGCGGCGGACUUACUUCCACCACCACCACCACUCGAGACAAAAUCAGCACAUGAAUAAUCAUCAGAAUCACUUGGCCAACUCCGAUCAACAUCCACACGCAAUGCUUGGUGAUGAGAAUUGCUCCGGCAAAACACAUGGCGGAAACUGGUUGUACUGGCCAUCUCCGCCUUCUACCAACACGGUUCCACCACCACCUAUGGAAUCACCUCACCGGCCACCCGCCAGACCUCAACAAGCCAGUGAUCGCCCGUCUAAACAAACUCCCCCAGAUAAACGGCAGGGUUUAAAAACUGAGAAAAAUUUGAAGUUUCUGCUCCAAAAAGUGUUGAAGCAAAGUGAUGUUGGGAGUCUUGGGAGGAUUGUGCUGCCUAAGAAAGAAGCUGAGAGUCACCUCCCGGACCUGGAUUCAAGGGAUGGAAUUUCAAUUGCUAUGGAGGAUAUAGGGACUUCUCAAGUGUGGAACAUGCGAUAUAGCCUCAGGUUUUGGCCUAACAACAAGAGCCGGAUGUACCUUCUCGAGAACACAGGAGAUUUCGUGAAAGCAAAUGGGCUCCAAGAAGGCGAUUUCAUCGUGCUAUACUCUGAUGUCAAGUGUGGCAAAUACUUAAUCAGGGGAGUGAAGGUACGACAACCAGCCAGUGUGAAAUCCGAAGGCAAGAAGCCUUCUGUUAAACGAAGCUAUCGCAAUGCCUCCCAAUCCACCAGAAGCUGUGAUCCCUCAUCACCUCCUAAAAUAACUGCGAUUUAAGUACUACUAACAUCGUCGUUAUCAUCAAACGGACGUAAAACGUCUGUUCCUUUUGCAGUUAAUAUGAUUCGCUGACCCUGUGUUCGACUCAUUAAGCUGAGGAUUGAUGUUGUAUCGAGGUUAUAAGAUUGGAUGUUUUCAAUCUUUUGAUGUGUUGUUUUAGGGUUUGGUAUGCCUGUGAUCACUCUCGAUCUCUAGAUAAUUGUCGUUACGUGUAAUUUCACGGUAUAAUUGCUCGUUGUGUAUGUGCAUUAGUAUGUAUAGUUGAUCAUAAGAAGGUCCAAGGCUAACCAUCUCUCCCCUUGGACCAUGGUGGAGCAACUUGGUACAUUUGUGGCACCUAUGUAGGCUUGGUCUUUGGUUAAUUUGUAUGUGGGAAUCUCUCGUACCUUCAUGAUAUGAUUUCAGCAUAAAACUCCACCACUUUAAUUGGUUGAUUCUAAGGGUUUUUAUCGAACAUUUAGUUUGGUUACUGGAAUGCGAUAAGCAGAUAAUCGAAAUCAGAAUUAACUUUGGUA